AUGCCUCGCCUCGCCCACCCACCCUACAUCAACGCCCUCGUCGCAGCUCUCAAGUCUUACGUUCGUACCGCCGGAGAACACGUUCCGAAUGAGGAGGUGUGGGAGGAACUGAGGGAGACAAAGAGGGGAAAGGAGAGGGGGAGGAGGGAGUCGAGUUAUGCCAAGGCGGUGGUGGGGUCGAUUGCGUGGUUGCUGUGGGAGGUUGCGGAGGAUCAGGUGACGAGUAAGAGGGAUGUGGAGGUGCACCAGGCGAGCCUCAUCCGUCUUAUCGAAGAAGGCAAAUCCGCGCACGCCCGCUCUUCCUCCCCCUCCGAGGCACCCGCCGCCGAAACCCUCGCCUCGCUCGGCACAACUUCGCGCCGCUACCCACGCCACGCUCGUCUUCCGCUUUAUGGACUUGUCGGGGCGGACGGGAGUGGGAGGGCGCGGGAUGAGACGGCGGAUCCGUUUGUGCCGCUGGCGAGGGCGUGA